AUGUCGAUGAACAAGCUGCAGAUGCAGCUUAAGAAGAAGGAGAAGGAAAGGAAGGCUGCAGCCAAGAAAGGAACAGCAGUCUCGAGUGAGUCCAAGGCGAAGGCUGCCGCCGACGCCCAAGCAUUCAUGUGCAAAAUCUGCCGCCAGCCAUUCGCAAGCACGAGCAAGGGUCCGCAAAUGAUUGCUCACGCCGAAUCCAAGCACCCCCGCGUAUCUCCAGAAGAGUGCUUUCCACAACUGCAGGAGAUUGGUAAAGGGCUGUAUUUGCCUGAACGCUCGGUCGUGCACUCGAUGCACCGAGGUCUACACAUCCACCUCGUCAGCGUCCUUCGACUUUGGCUGGAAUUCGUUCGACCCUAG